GAUACAAUCCUGGAAGCCGUAGGCCAGCAUCCUGAUGUUGCGAGGCAUGCAGCAUCCUAUAAUCGCAUAGCUUCGCUGGGGCUUUUCCAGCAAUUCCAGUACCAGGGGCUUCUCGCCUAUCUCCGCAAUGUAUCCAUGCCACAACCUGCUGUCUG